UUCUGCAUCAAUGGGGCUCAACAUUGCUUAUCACUUGUACACAAAUCCGCCUCAACCCCUUCACUGUAUUGCUUCUUCUUCCCUGAAACCUCACUUAUACAUCUCUUCCAAACGCAUACCGCUACAACCACAAUCCUCAUCAUCCUCCUUCCUCGUCCGUUGCGCAUCGCGGAUCUCCAUCGCCACAACACCCAACAGAUGGUCUCUCCAUGGAAUGUCUGCUCUUGUCACCGGCGGUACUCGCGGGAUCGGGCGUGCGAUUGUUGAGGAACUUGCCGGUCUCGGAGCAGAGGUUCACACGUGCGCUCGGAAUGAGACCGAGCUCGAGAAUUGUUUAGGAGAUUGGAACCGUUCCGGUUUCCGAGUUGCUGGUUCGGUCUGCGAUGUCUCUGAUCGAGCUCAGCGAGAGGCUUUGAUGGAGAAUGUAUCGUCUUUCUUCGACGGGAAGCUCCAUAUCCUUGUAAACAAUGUCGGGACGAAUAUCAGGAAACCAAUGGUAGAGUUUACUGCUGGAGAAUUUUCGACUCUCAUGUCGACGAAUUUCGAAUCGGUUUUCCAUUUAUGCCAACUUGCUUAUCCGAUGCUUAGAGCAUCUGAGGCUGCAAGUGUUGUGUCCAUCUCUUCUGUUUCUGGUUUUGUCUCGCUCAAGAAUAUGUCGGUCCAAUCUGCAACUAAAGGAGCAAUCAAUCAACUUACGAGAAGUUUAGCUUGCGAGUGGGCCAAGGACAAUAUAAGAAUCAAUGCUGUUGCGCCGUGGUAUAUCAAAACAUCUAUGGUGGAGCAAGUCCUUAGCAACAAAGAGUACCUAGACGAAGUCUACUCAAUAACUCCUCUCGGUCGGCUUGGCGAACCGAGAGAGGUGUCUUCUGCAGUGGCCUUUUUAUGCCUACCUGCAUCAUCAUAUAUCACAGGGCAGAUUAUUUGUGUUGAUGGAGGAAUGUCAAUAAACGGUUUCUUCCCACGACAUGAUUAGGCUACUCUAUCACUAGUUUCCUUGAGAUUCUUUCUUUGCUCUUUAGUGUAUCUUCUUUUUCUCCCGUGAAAAAGAAAUUGUUAUAUGAGACUUAAUACCUUUCUGUCUUCUACUUUCAUGAGAAAUUAAGAUUUAUUACUGAAUCUACUGUUAAUGUAAAGGAUAAUUCAGCAUCGGAUAAGUUUCCCAUCCAUGAGCCUUCACUGGUUCGUUCUCUGUGUCAUCCUUUCUCGGUUUUGACUUUCUUAGUGUCUUG